AUGUCCGAACUACGAGCAGCAGUCUACGUUGCACCUCCCAUCCCAUUUCACGCGGCGCCUCCUUCAAAAGGCGGACAAUGGUCACCAAUCUCAUGCACUUUUAUCUACUCAGCUGAGGAGGCUGUUCUUGUCGACACGCCAAUUACGGUCAAGCAGACAGAGGAUCUGCUCAAAUGGAUCGAGACUAUCGCCCCAAAGCGGAAACUGGCAUAUAUCUAUAUCACCCACGGACACGGCGAUCACUUCUUCGGAAUCCCCGUCAUUCUCAACCGCUUCCCAGAGGCAGUUCCAGUUGCAACGCCUGGAGUGAUUGAGCGCAUGAAGCAGCAAGUAGAGGAACCGGUUUUCAGCACCGUUUGGGAAAGUCGUUUCCUCGGUCAGAUUCCUCCCCAGCCAGGGGUACUGGCCAAUCCAUUACCGGAGAACAAUCAAUUCACUCUUCAAGACCGCUGGACCUUUGAGGCUGUCGAAUGCAGGCACGCUGAUACCUGCAACUCUACAAUUCUGUGGGUGCCCGACCUCAAGCUUGCCGUGUGUGGUGAUGUUGUCUACGGACAAGUGCAUCAGAUGCUGUUUGAAGCCAACACCAAGACCAAGCGAGAGGAAUGGAUCCGGGCGAUUGAGAAAGUCAAAGCAUUAGGGCCAGCAUACGUCGUCCCUGGACACAAGCAAGCAGAGGAGAUCGAUGGCGUUUGGCAUCUCGCGGUUACCAAGAGGUAUAUCCAGGAUUUUGGGGAUGUGGUGGCGAGUGACCCGAAAGACCAAAGGGAGGUCUUUGCCAAGAUGGUUGAGUUAUACCCGGACAAAUUUAAUCCGGGUGCGUUGAAGCUGAGUGUGAUGGGUGUGUUUAAUGCUCCGGAAGAGCUGCACGUGGGGCCACACCGUAUUUAG